AUGGCUGGAAAUACAAAUGCUCUAAACCCAGACAAUAUCUUGGGCCUUGCGGUUCAAGCUGUUCGUCGAGAUGGCGAGGCCCAACCUAGUCUCAAAACACCCUAUGAAGCUAUUGCUCUCAUUGGUCAUGCAUGCAUGGCUGCCAUCGAUUUCAGGCUGGUCGGGUUGGGCGAGGACCACAGGAUAGGAAACUCUUCUGAAAGCCCCACUCUGCCGGCGGAAUGGAAUGCUAACGAUACGUUUGCCUUUCGAUAUGCUCACUCACAAUCUUCGAUGGAGUAUCUGGUCAAGAUUAGCCGGCUAGGGAAUAAUGCAGUUGUAUUCGCGUUGGCUUUGGGUGAUGAUAGGACCACGUCCUUUGACAUCCCGGUCAAGGACUACAUCUCCGAGUCUGCCCUCCCACUAUCCUCUACCGACAAUCUUACACAGAGCCUUAGGGACGUUUUCAUCUCUACUUCUAGACUAAAUGAUCUGAUCGGGCUAUUCAAAAUAAAUGUCAUCCAAAAACUGGCCCCCGGAUUGUACAAGGAAGGAUACGAGGACACAACCCAAGUACCUCGGGAAAGACCAGAGAGACAGCCAGAGAGACCCCCACAGUAUGACCCUUUGAGGGAUGAUACUCUUCCACAACCUGCUCGCCCAUAUCCGUUUGAUGAUCCCUUGGCGGCAGGUCCCCGUCGCCCAGCCCCUCCUGGGGAUUUUGCCCCGCCAGGGUUUGAGGAUGAAUUUGAGAUCUACAGACCGCCCCGAGGUUUCAACCCAGGCAAUGGAGGAGGCAGGAACCCGACUAUUGGAGAUAGAGAUCUGUACCCACCUGGAUUAGGUCCUAACGAUCCUCUUAGAGGGGGCGUUGGUCCUGGCCUCGGGGGCGGGGGCGGAGGCGGGAUGCACCCGACCUUUGACGACCUGUUUGGUCGUGGCCAAGGCGGAGGCUAUAACCCCCAAGCACCACCUGGGUCUCGAUAUGAUCCCGUAGGACCUGGAGGGCCUGGAGGAGGAGGCCCCUUUGGCGGCGGACGAGGACCAUUUGGACGCGGCUCUGGCGGAGGAUUUGGCGGAUUUGGCGGUGACAUCAUUUAA